UCGCGCUACCGCGGAAACUGGAGUGAAUCUGCGCAUCUUCGUGUGAGCGUGCGCGCGCCCGAGUGCGUGCGUCUUUGGCGCCGGCUCCCAGAGUCUCGGAGGCCCGCGAUCGGCUUUGAAGAGCAGGACUUGCGGACAGCAAAAGAGGCGCGAGCAGAGGUCAACAGUGGGAAUUUGGAACAGCUGAGCUGGAUGAAACCCUCAGGACAGAAUGGUGCUGGAUUCAGGGGCUCAGGUGUAUGAGCGGGCACCCCCCAGCCCACCUGCCAGUCCCCCAUCUCAGCGCCCUAGGUUGAAGCCCUCAAAUCGAAAUGGGCCACCCCUGUACCCCUGGCCGCAGUCCCUGUCUAUGCCUUUGGCUCUGGCGGUUCCCUCAGCACUACAGUCCCAGCCUAUGUGGCAGACCUUCUCAAAGCUGCAUUUGGGACAGCGCAGCCACAUGCGUCGCAGUGAGAGCACCUACAGUGUAAAUAGCACUGGCCAGCGGGGGCGAGGCAAAGCUCCGCUUGGACGGGGAUGUGAUCCAGGUGGAGGGACCCUACGGCCUGCAGCCUCCUUGCCUCACAUUGCUAAGACUCGAAAGGAGGUGGGCAAUGGUAGCAACAAGAGCCCCUGCAUGUUAGUGGCCCUGCGGCCAACCAACAUGGACCAGGAACGGGAGAAAUUCUUCCAGUCCCAUUACACGUACAAUCCGCAGUUCGAGUACCAGGAACCGAUGCCAAUGAGUGUGCUGGAGAAGUACCAGGAGGCCUCUGGACAGUUCAUCCAUCAGGCUGUUGGCAUCAUUGAGGCGGUCCUGGAGAAGUUUGGCACUUAUGAACACUUUGAGGCUGCCACAGGGGGCCAGCUGCUGACCAAGUGCCAAAUUUGGUCCAUUGUGCGAAAAUACAUGCAGAAGGAGGGCUGCGUCGGGGAGGUUGUGGUGCACCUAAGCGAGGACCUGUUGUCCCAGGCAGUCAUGAUGGUGGAGAACAGCCGGCCCACACUGGCCAUCAACUUGACUGGAGCCCGCCAGUAUUGGCUGGAAGGCAUGCUGCGGCACGAGAUAGGUACCCACUACCUGCGCGGUGUGAACAAUGCGCGGCAACCGUGGCACAGCACCGAAGGCAGACUGCAGUAUGGACUGCGGCCAGCUAACCCCACCGAGGAGGGCCUGGCCAGCCUGCACAGUGUGCUGUUCCGAAAGCAGCCGUUCCUGUGGCGAGCGGCCCUGCUCUACUACACCAUUUACCAGGCCGCAAACAUGUCCUUCCGCCAGCUCUUCCAGGAUCUGGCGCAGUAUGUGCAGGAUGAGGCAGUACGCUGGGAGUACUGCGUCCGAGCCAAGCGAGGACAGAUGGAUACCUCCCAGCCAGGCUGCUUCAGCAAGGACCAAGUGUACCUGGAUGGCAUUGUGCGCAUCUUGCGGCACCGGCAGACCAUCGAUUUCCCACUGCUGACCUCGCUGGGCAAGGUCUCCUAUGAAGAUGUGGACCAACUGAAGCCCCAUGGAAUACUAGAUAAUACCCGAGUACCCCACUUUAUGAAGGACUUGGGACGCUACCGGCAGCAACUGGAACACAUCAUGGCUACCAACCGGCUGGAUGAAGAGGAGCUGGGCCGCCUGCUGCCUGACUGAUGUUGGUUAAGGGUUACAGACAGAAGAUCUUGACAGAGGUCUCAGAUCAAGAAUACGAAGCUUUUUAUGAUUCCAUAGCCUAGGUGUUUCUUGCGGGGCACUGGGAGGCCAGGAGCAUCUUGGGAAGAUGAGAGGCAAUGUCAGAAGGCUUUUUUUUUUUUUUUGUCCUUGCUAGUCUUCCUGGGGCCUGUGAACUAGCAGCAGUAUGUCCCAUAAACUCCUGAGUAGGAGAGACCUGGGGAUAGGAGGGACAUUGAGUGUGAAUAGGAAUGGGGGUUGGUUUGGGAAUAGAAACUUGUUCCUGCAUGAGACGGCUUUGGGUGUCUGGUACCAGUCUUUCCCUUCCCCUACCUGGCCUAUCGGUGCUCUUCUGCAUUCAUACUGUCUACCUCUCACUGGGUCUAGUGGCAGUUGGGACCCCUCUGAGGUGACGUGCCUGAGCAUAGGGUCCUGUCUUUCAUUCAGGCUCAGAGACCCAGCUGGGCUGGAGCUUGCUUUUCAGCAUUUUGUCUCUCUCACCGGUCAUGUAGUAUUCCAUAUUUGCCUCCAUGCCAACGUGCGUUAUUCAUGCCUCCAGCUGGGGCUGGGGGGCAGCAGCUCCUAAAGUUCAGUGGAGGGGACAGGGUACUUUGAAAAGGUACCAUCUGUUCCCAGGCCCUCUCUGAUCACACACAGACACACUGGACGCCAGGUCUUGUGAGUCCAGCACCUGGCCCCACCCUCAGCCCCCAUGCUAGCCCCGGUUGUGCCUGUUUCUGACCACACCCUCACAGCUGGUCUCUGGCAGUGGUUGGUACAGGCUGGGGACAGCCAGUCAAACCUGCAGGUCAGGCCUAUAGGAUUUGUCCUCUCCGGUUUUGAGCCGGUCUUGGGCCCGGGGAAGGACAGAGCUGAUGCCUUGGUUUUCACUUUGGAUUCAGCCGUGAGAGACUGAGCCAGUAUCGUCCCUACCCUGGCCUUUUCUUUUUCUCAUCUGUGAUGCUGGGGCGUUCUUGUUCAUUGACUUAAUAGAUAUGUCCAGAGCUC